ACUUUGAAAACUCGCCUCUAGUACUGCAGUGCAUCUGAUUAUUUCGCCCAGCUCGGCUGGAUAGACUUCUGUACCAGUUGCGAGUAACUUCGCCGCGGCGAGAUUUCUCCAAAAACAAAUUGAGCGACGGAAAAUUCCAAUCGUUCCGCGAACUCGGAGUCCGUGCCGCUGCCGUUGGUGCCCCGUUGUGAUUUGAGCUCAAAUCGGAAAUCUCGCGUGCAAUUGGAUAAAGGGCAGCUGAAAAGACGGUCGCAAUGCUAAAAAUAACCCGCGGUUCGGUGGCGAAGAAUUUUUCCAGAAACUCGUAGUGCAUUGGACGGGAAACUCGGAAGUGAUGGCAAGUGUUUGGUAGGAGCUGCUCGGACCUGAUUUCCGCCUCCGAUUGGGACGAGAUUUGUGGGAGUACCUUCGAUUCGCGGCGCUGAAUUGAUCGUGGCGUGGAGGAAGCAGGUAAAAGGCUUCUGAUGUUUUGUUGUGAGGAGGCACAAAGAAGGACCACGGAGACUGCCUCGCACCUGUCGAGGGUUCAGUGAUGUGACAGUUGUGGGAUGCGUGUUGGGAAGCUGCUGUUGCAAUUGUCAAUGUCGCGCCGCCGCCGAUAAAAUAAAUUGAAAACGAAAACAUUCACGGCGCACGGGAGGCCUUUAACCUCGCGGCACCCAGACGUCACUCGGUUUUGUUUUCGUUUCUCUCUUUGCUGACAUUUUGCAAGCGUGAAAGACAACAAUGGCACGAGUUGCACAUUAGUGAGCUGCAGUCGCCGAUCUCAGUGCGAUUUUGUGAAUUAUCUCGGAGUUGUGAUUUAGUUUCUAGACUGCGGAAAUGUCGGUCGCUGGUAGCUCGGCGGAACACGAGCUGGAGAACGGUACGGUCAGUGCGAGUGAGCCGGGAAGCUCGACGAACGCGCCCACCGCACAGGUCCCGUCGUCGUCUUCGCCUACGAAAGGCGGAGUGGACCUGCCGUUCGGGCCGAAUAGCGAGAUUUUGAACCAGCCGCAAUCGCCACCGCAUAAUUACCGUCACUCGCGUGCCUACAGACAUUUCAAGAACCCACCGCAGCCCCACAUGUGCAUCCGAGUGACCACGGUGGGCGGCGAGGAGGUUUUCAUCAACGUCUUGAGCUGGACGAGGAUUGUGGUGCCGCAGGAGCCGACGGACCCUAUUCCACUCUACGGCGGCAUGAAGGUCCCACCCGGCAGCCCCAGGUGUCCGCCGCUUGUCUACGCUGUCAUGGCUAAUCCGGAAGUGCUGAAGGAUUCCGGGCGACACAGCAAGGACCCAGAGGAACGCCGGGCUAUGAUUGAGUUAAUGUGCGAUUUCGUAGAAGCUAUGAAUCCUGAUCUCAAGUUAAACAGAAACGCUGUUAUUCUCAAAGAUCGUGAUAUAUCGGGGGAGCUAAAAGAUGUUUGGAAUGCAGUACAAGCGCAACGUGAUCGCGAGCGUGAAGAGCAAAUGAUGCAACAGCACAAUCAUGUACCGCCGCCACAACAAAUGUUUUUUCCCCAAAAACAUGAGUCCUCCCCGCAAAACGCCCAACAGAACGCAUCGCAAAAAGUCCCACAAACAUCACAAAACUCAUCGCAAAAAAUCUCACAAACAUCAUCGCCGACAAACCCACAAAACCCAUCAAACAUAAAUGCUUCUGACAAUAAGGUGACAUACAUGGAAUUCGGACCCGAGACAGCUUUGUCUCAGAAUUCUAAUUCUACGGAACCUAAUUCAUCAGACAACACCAAUCCACCAAAUACGGUGGCACAAAGUGCAAUUAACAAUAAUAAUGCAAAUAACGUAAAAAAUAGUGUGAAUGAUGUUAGAGAAAAGAUGGAUGUCGUAGUUGUGGAAGACUCAAAAAAUGGAUUAGAUCAAACUGAUUCGUCGAAAUCAUUGAAAAUUGGUGCUAAGGAUCAAAUGACAAAUAAUACGGCGAACAAUGGGGGUCGAAAUAGUAAGAGUCAGAACGGUGCCUCCCCGACAAAUGAAUCUCAGUCAACGGCCAUAACAUUACCUGGUUCGGAAAUCGCGCUCGGAAAAUCUGCAGAGGCCACAUCAACUGCAACGAGUCCAGUUUCAUCGACCCCCACCUCGGCCUCGUCUACCACCACAAACUCGUCUUCAUCGUCGACUGCCUGCACCACGACCUCAACAACUACGAAAAAGGAGAAAUUAGGUGGAUUCCUUCCGAACAGUUGCAUAUUCCCACGCUUUAAAAAUAAGAAUAAAGAUAAAAACAAGGAAAAAGAUAAGGACAAGGAGAAAGAUAAAGAUAAAGAGAAGUCAUCUAAUCACAGUUCUAAAGAGAAGACACUUCUCAACUCGUUGAAGAAAACAACAACUGCCGCUACAAACGCUUUUACCAAGUCGCAAACGCACCACGAAGACUCUACAUCGAAUGCCGUCAAAAACUGCUUGAAUCUGGAAGCGGAAAUGGAAAAGAUUGAUCUCAACAAAAUGGACACUCCACAUGCUAAUGACGUUCUCAUUAAGGUUGCCACGCCUGCAGCUAAAUGAAAAAAACUUCUUCAAUCGAUUGUGGAUUAUGGAUAAGAGUUAAUAAGGAUCUCUCGUAAAAAAUGAAGAGUAUUUUCUGUAAAAAAAUAUGCGAACCAAAUAUUUGGCAAUAAUUAAACAUAAGACACCAAAUUAAAUCACUAUUCGGCCAUUUUACGAUUAACAACAUAAACAAUUAAAAAAUAAAGAUACUCCAUAAAAUUAUUUAAAGAUUGCUUUCAUCUGCGCCUUGAUCUGUAACUAGCACGCUCUAUUGCGUGCAUUCCGAACAAAAGGUUGUAAACAUUUGUAUUUUAGUUGAAUUUUUUUUCUAGAUUCAGGGCUAAUUCGUAUUAGCUCCAUAAGAACAUAAAAACAAAAAUAGAUUUGUAACUAACUAACAAAAUCAACCACUCGAAGAAACUCGAUUAGCAGAAUUAAUUUAAGAUUGUUUAGUAAAUGUGCACAGAUCACUAUGUUUAAGCGCAACAUUCACACCAACAAUAAAUAGUUCAAAUGAAUUUGCAAUCAAUUUCGUAGUAUUUAUGUUAGCAGUUAUAUUUCUGAAGGAACUAUGUUUCCUGAUUUUAUUUUGUAGCCAUUUGUAGGCGUAUGAAAUUACUUUUUAUUUGUAAUACAAAUCUAGCUAAAAUUAUUAUUAUAUCAAUUACGAAAACGAGCAAAAUUCAUAUUACAAUAAGUAAGCAGACGAAAGAACUUAAUCGUUAACAUUAUGAACGAAAAGCGAAAUUUAUGCAAGAGCUGACAACAAAAAGAUCACUACCGAUAAAGUAACAUUAAAAGGAAAUAAACCUAGGCAUGAUCUUCUGUAAUUUACACAUAAAUAUUAAGCAUUAGCUAAUAACACCAGAAUAGUGAAAGAAAAUGGAAAAGAUUUGUAAAAAGUUAAUUUAAGCGAUAAAAGAUUAAUUCAUUGCUCUUGUAUUUUUUAGCGUUUAAAGAAAUGAAUGAUAUACAGUUUUUAUAUUAUGAAAAGAAAAAUAUAUCAAAUGUAAAAUUA